AUGUCCAAUAAACUAAAUCUAUCAAGCAUAGACUCAUUCGAUAGUGAAAACGCCUACUCUGAAACUGCUCAAGAUUGGAACACCACCAUCAAGCAUUCAAGUCAAUGGUUUAAGGAUACGCAUGGUAGAACACUGCUUAUGAGAGGCAUCAACGUCUGUGGCUCAUCCAAGCUGCCAACAAAGCCCUACCCAGGCUCCACUCAUCUUUACGAUGACCUUUUGUUUUGGGAUCAUAGAAACGUCAGCUUUGUUGGAAGACCCUUUCCCUUGGAGGAAGCGGAUGAGCAUUUCAGUAGAUUAAGAGCGUGGGGCUUGACGCUUGUCAGAUUAUUGGUACCUUGGGAGAGUCUUGAACAUUCAGGUCCGGGCAUCUAUGACGAGGAAUACAUUGAUUACUUGAGAGCACUGAUUGAAUUGAUGCCUAAAUACGGGCUCAAGUGUGUCAUUGAUCCACAUCAGGAUACGUGGUCGAGAUUUUCUGGCGGAUCGGGUGCCCCUGGAUGGACAUUUGAGGCUGCUGGUAUGAACAUGAAGAAUUUCAAAGAGACUGGUGCUGCCUACGUGCAUAACACAAACGCUGUUCCUGGAGAUCCACUCCCUAUGGUUUGGCCCACGAAUUAUACCAAAUUAGCAUCCUGUACCAUGUUUACGCUCUUCUUUGCAGGAGACACAUUUGCUCCCAAGACACAGUACCAGGGCAAGCCUAUCCAGCAGUUUCUCAACGACUGUUUUAUUGGCACCUACCACCAUUUAGCGCAACGACUAGUUGAUUUGGACGCUGUGUUGGGAUUUGAAUUUAUGAAUGAACCUCAUCCAGGUUAUAUUGGGCUAGAUCAUUUGAACGAAUUCGAUCCUAUUGUGAACCUUAUUUUCGGUGAUGCUCCUACACCUUUACAGAGCUUUGCCUUGGGUGAUCGUAUCCCACAAAAGGUGGGUGUUUACAUCAAAUCAUGGCCAUUCCCAACCAAAAAGUCGCAUGACCGCAUCAUCAAUACCAGCCGGGUCUCUGCAUGGACAGGGGAAUGUAUUUGGAAGGAACACGGCGUAUGGAAGCCUGACGAGACAACUGGUGAUCCCGUCUUGGUAGAUUCUCACUAUUUCUCAAAGCACCCAGUUACCGGCCAAAAGAUCUCGUUUUACGAUGAUUUCUAUGUGCCUCUUGUCAAUCGAUACGCCAAAUCAAUUCAGAGCGUCAAGCAAGAUUGGUACUGCCUAGUCGAGCCAUUAGCGAAUGAGAGAGCCCCUGUGUACAAAGAAACAGAUCACCACCACAAUGUAAUUUUCUCGCCUCAUUGGUACGAUCUGAAUUGUGUAUUCUACAAAAAGUUCAAUGGAAAAAUUACGCAUGAUGUUCAAUGUCUUCAACGGGGAGGCAAUGUCGUUAGCGCAACUUACUUUGGUAGAAACGGAGCCAAGAAGAACUACCGUGGUCAGAUUAGAAACAUCAAGCAGGAUGGACUGAGAAACAUGGGCGAAAAGCCCUGUAUCCUCGGUGAAGUAGGCAUUCCAAUGGAUAUAAACAACAAGAUUGCCUUUUCAGACGACAACUAUUCAAAGCAUGUUCACUUUUUGGAUGCCGUUAUUUAUGCUGUCGAGACCAACCUGAUCAACUUUACGUUAUGGAACUAUGAUGUUUGUAAUGAUCAUGAGUAUGGAGAUCACUGGAAUGGAGAGAACUUUUCCAUCUACUCGGUGAAAAAGGCAAAGGAAGAUUACCUCGAGCAUGAUGAUGGCAAUAGCAAACUGUCCAAAAAGCAUCUUUAUGAUGGAGGCAGAGUAUUAGAAGCAGUUUUGCGUCCCUAUGCCUCCAAAGUGGCUGGCACACCCUCAUCUUCUGAAUUCGACUUGGAUAACCAGAAAUAUACCUUUUCUUUUAUACCUUUUACAUCCGACGAGAUCAGCAAGUUGCAAGAAGAUGGCUAUUCUGCAUUGGACAAACUUGCUAGUGUCACUGAAAUAUUUGUUCCCUACUUCCAUUUCGGCGGAAAGCCCCUUGAAAUUCAAGCGAAUGCUGGUGAAUGUGAUUACAAUGAAGAGAAGCAAACUCUCUACCAUCACUACAACCGCAAAGAAGAAGCCAUCGACUCUGUUACCAUCUCGAUCAGUGUCGUGAAUAAUAAUACACAGUCUGUCUCUGCGUGUACCGUCAUGUAA